AUGGAAGACUCACCCCCUUCGCAGCAGCAGCGAGAUGCUAUCCCUGUUGAGUCGUUCGAGAGGGAGAAACUGAGCUCCGUCGCCAACGUCGUCGGCCUUCAGAUCAAGCCACAAGACAUCUCCUCUGCUCUCAAGGUCCUCAAGAACUUCUUGCUCAAUCAAGCCCGGCAGCCCAACGUUGUCGAUGCAACAAAUGGCGAGGCCAACCGGAGUAAGAUCCUCCUCCUCAGCCCUGAGCACGUCAAGAGCUCGGUCCUCGAAGAGCUGCCAGACGCCUGCAGGGGAUUCGUGAAAGAGAAGGAUGGCAAGCUAGUCCACUACACCCUCCAACACUCCUACUCCCACUUCACCUACGAUGAGGCGCUGAAGAAGCUGCUUCCUCAAGACGUGGAAGUUCCCUCCUCCUUCGAGACCAUAGGGCAUGUCGCUCACCUGAACCUCCGGGAGAACCAGGAGGCGUAUCGCCUGAUCAUUGCGCAAGUUAUGGUCGACAAGUACUCAGCGAUCAAGACGGUUGUCAACAAGUUAGGAAACAUCACCAACGAGUUUCGAGUCUUUCAGAUGGAGGUACUUGCAGACAAGAUCACCAACCAGAGUGUUCCAAGACUCGUCAAGGAGGGCGACGCAGCGUUGGUAGGAGAUGUCUCUUGUGGUCAAACUUGUGAUCGAGACCCCAAGGAGACUUGUGUGAAGCAGAGUGGUUGUAUCUUCAAGAUGAACUUCGGGGAGGUGUACUGGAACUCGCGGCUGGAUGGUGAGCACAAGCGGCUCGUAGCCUCCUUCUCUUCGGACGAUGAGGUUUGGGACAUGUUUGCAGGAAUCGGCCCCUUUUCCGUUCCAGCCGCCAAGCACCACAGCUGCCAAGUGUAUGCAAACGAUCUGAACCCAAGGUCAAAGUUCUACCUUGAGGAGAACUGCAGGCUGAACAAAGUCGACGCGCUGGUCCACACCUCCUGCAUGUGCGCCAGGGCCUUUCUGGCCUCCCGGGUCUCUCAGUGCUCAGAGAAGGCGCCGAGAGGCAAGGGGAAGCUUCACUGCAUCAUGAACCUGCCCGCCUCUGCUCCUGUGAAGUGCCGGGAGGAGUUCAUGGAUGCCUUCAGAGAAAAGUUCGACCCGGCAAUCUGGAAGCCCGAGGACCUGCCCCUGGUCCACCUCUACGCUUUCCACAAGAGCGACGAUGCCGCGAUCUGCGAGCAGGAGAUAAUGAGGCGCGCCGAGAGCUCCUUGGGUUGCCGGAUCCCCAACGUCAGGGACGUGGCUCCCAAGAAGCUCAUGCUAUGCUGCUCCUUCCGCCUCCCAGCAGAAGCAGCGUACAUGAGAGAGGAGGGGGAGAGAGACCACAAGAGAGCCAAGGUAGAAGGAUGA